CAUCAUCGAGCGCAUGGCGGGCAAGGCAGGCGUGGCGCACAAGGAGGCACAGGACUUGCCCGAGGGAGCGCGCGUGUGCGGGGGCGCAAAGUGCUGAGAAUGGCAGCGGCAAGCAGGGCAGUCAUGCUCCCUCCUUGUCCUUCGAUGAUUCUCUGUGCUCCCUACGCCCUCCGUGUUCACUUGUUGCUGUAAUCGUCAUGAUGACCCUCUCGUCGCCUGAGCAGCCUGCCGGCAAGUGCGCAGUGGGGGUUGCUGGGGCACCAUACGCGCCUCGUGCAGGCUUCGUGAGCCAUCACAGAUUUGCAGAAGCGCACGCUCUGCCGUUCUGCAUCGGCUGCGUCCUGUCUGAGCAUCAGACGCAAUGCCGAGCUCCUCCAGCAGGGGCGGGCGGGUGUCGGCUCAGGCGCGGACGUGCCGAGCAGCCGACGCGCCCGCGCAUCCUUGCUUCCCGACGUCCAUCACCUCUCUCGGCCUUCACCAGCGAGCCUUUCCCGCAGAGAUCGCAGCACACAGCGCUCAUUCAAGCCAUGCGUGUCCCCUCACGCACGCGCGCCGCGCUCGACGCGCUGCUCAAGGCGCACUUCCCCGCUCGCAGUCGCAGUCUGCUGAGUGCUCCAGCUCGCGCUGCGCUCCUUGACGAGCUGCUCCUCCUCUCCCUCGGGCUGCGCUCUGCCAUCCUUCUCUCGCUGCCCAGCAGCGCAGCGCACGCUCUGGCUGCAGCAUUGCGCCGCUGGACUGCGCCGCUCAAUGCCCAUCUACUCGUCUGGCUGCAUCAGCCGAGCGGCGCACUGGGCGUGCUCAACGUCGACGAGGUGCUGCGUUGCGCCGCUCAGCCGACACAACAGCCAGUCUGCGUCGAUGUGCGUGCCGAGAGCAGCGUUGGAUCUGUGCUGCCGGCGCUACCUGCCUCGUCCCGAGCGCUGCUCGACGCUCUUCUCGCUGCCUGCCAGCGCCUUGCGUCGGCCGAGCAGCAGCAGCAGCAGCAAGCAGCAGGCCGGCUACUCUUCCUGCGAGGCGGCCCGCGCGAAGCUGGCGUGGCGCUGGCGGGCUGGCUGCUAGGCUACAGCGUGCUCUACUGUCUCGGGCCACACGACUUCGACUGCGCCGCCACGCCUUCCGCAGAGCUCGUGGCUCAAGUGCCACUGCCGACUGCGCCGCAGGAGACGCAAUGGGACGCAGCGGCGCCCAACAAUCUCAGCGAUGCGCCGCUGGUGCUCUUCCAGGCGCUGCUGCUCCAGACUGCGCCGGCCACUGCCACGGCACAGCGCGAGGAAGCGGUGCUGUAUGCCUUCAGCGUGCCGCACGCUGCGCUGGCCGAAGUUGCCGCCAAGCUCGAGGGCGAUGAUGCUGGCGUCGCUUCUGCGGCGGCAGAUGAGCGCACAUGUCGCGAGACGCUGCUGGCGCUCAUUCGACGGCGCCUGCAAGCUCGCCAGCAGCGUGCCCUGGCGCAGCUGCGCGCCGCGGCACCCGCGACGCUCAACGACAACGACGACGACGACGAUGAGCUGCUGGCGUGGCUCGAGACGCUGCGGCUGGAUGCGGCGUGCGAAGAGGUCACCCUGCCGCUCGUGGCGCUGUGACGCUGAGCAGAGGGGUCGCAGCUGGGACAAGGGUGGAGCACGAUUGACACCAAGCCUCCCUCGACAAGCAUGGACCAUGCGGCCGCCGCAGCCCAAUCAAGCGCGGGCAGUCCCCACCGGCGGCAUCGCAACAGGACCACGCUCACUGGCUGUGCGGCAGUCUCUGAGGGAGGAGGAGCUCUCCUGCAGCUCCACAUCAAGACGCUGCCGC